UUCCUCACUCAAGCAGUGAUCAGACACAAAAUAAGUAACAAUAAAAAAAUAUUAUACCAAAAUAUUUAUCUGUUUUUAUUGUUCACACAAAUAAAGAAUUAAGAAUCAAGAGUGAGUGAGCUGCAGCGAGGCACAGAUAUUCGGAGGAAAUUUAUUAUAAAUCGGUCGUUCGAACGCGAGUGACUUCCUUUCUCUCCUGUUUUUUCAAAAUAACACAAAAAAAAAAAAAAUAAAAAAAAAAUAUCUAAAUAUUUAUCAAAGAAAAGAAAAUAAGGCUAAUGUAAUGUAAAAGGAAAUCUAAAUAAUUAAAAAUACAACAGAGAAUCAAACUGCAACAAUCAGAAUAAAAAUAAAAUAAAUAAAUAGUGAAAUAAUAUUUAUCAAAAAAAUAUAUUAUUGAGUGUGUUUUCAUCCUUCAUAGUAAAUAAAAUAAAAAAAAAAUCAUAAAAAAAUAAAAAAAAAUCAACAAAGGAAAAAUUCCUCCCACAAAAAAAAAAUAAAUAAAUCAUUAAAAAUAAUUUCCCGAAAAAUUAAACACAAUGAUGGCCGGUAAUUAUGCCAAUAAUUUAUCUGCCGAACCAACGUCGAAACGUCUUUGUAUCCAGAAUCAACAAGAAUCUGGAGACCCAUCGUCAAUGAAUCGGAAUCAAGUUGGCGUACUAAAUAACAACAAUAAUGGCAAUAUAAAUAACAAUAAUUCACAAGAAGAGCCACGACGAAAGAAACAUGAAGCAUCACGUCCGAAUCAUAUUUUACUAUUCACAAUAUUAAAUCCACUUUAUCCCAUAACAGUGGAAGUUUUACACACCAUAUCACAACCACAUGGACAAGUGCAGAGAAUUGUCAUCUUCAAGAAGAAUGGCGUACAGGCGAUGAUAGAGUUUGACAGCAUCGAAUCAGCUACCCGAGUUCGAGAAAAUUUGAAUGGAUGUGAUAUUUAUUCAGGAUGUUGUACACUAAAAAUUGAUUAUGCCAAGCCGGAAAAGCUAAACGUCUAUAAAAACGAUAGUGACACAAGCUGGGAUUAUACACUGGACAAACAAGCUAAUGGGAGAAUGCCGUUGUUACAAGAGCCACUUUUUGGAGCAAGACCACAACCCUAUAAGCCACCGUUACUUGGAACCCCAACACCGUACGCAGCUCCGUAUGCCACACCCGAAUUCCAUCAGACCGCUGAAAAUUGGAAGCCAACACAAACACAUGCCACUCUGAUAAAAGAACCUGCCGUCGUCCCGGUUCGUACAACAGCACCCACCUUUGUCGCACAACCCCAAACACAACAAGGAUCUGUCAUGAUGGUAUACGGACUCGAUAACACGACAUCGAACACAGACAAACUAUUUAACUUGGUUUGUCUGUAUGGGAACGUUGCCAGGAUUAAAUUCUUGAAAACCAAAGAAGGAACCGCAAUGGUACAAAUGGGUGAUUCAGUGGCUGUUGAACGAUGCGUACAGCACUUGAAUAACAUUCCUAUUGGUAAUAAAUGUAAAAUUCAAAUUGCUUUCUCAAAACAAAAUUUCCUAUCAGAAGUAACAAAUCCAUUCAGUCUUCCCGAUCACAGUCCAAGCUUCAAAGAGUACACCGGCUCUAAAAAUAAUCGAUUCCUAUCACUCGUGCAAGCCAGCAAGAAUCGCAUUCAGCCGCCAAGCAGAAUACUUCACUUUUUCAAUACACCACCGGAUCUAACCGACGAAAAGCUAUUAAAAACAUUUAAAGACGAAGACUGUGAACCAUCAGCAAUCAGAAUGUUCCCGCUGAAGUCGGAGCGUUCGUCAUCGGGUCUCGUAGAAUUCCCAACUGUUGCUCAAGCCGUACUAGCAAUAAUGAAAUGUAAUCAUGCAGCAAUCGAGGCAAAAGGUUCCAAAUUUCCAUUCAUCAUGAAACUCUGCUUCUCGUCGUCAAAAACAAUGAAUGGGGCAUGGAACAACGAAGGAGGCAACAAUGAAAAUAAUGAAGGUGAAUACUAAGGAGACACGAAAAAACAACAACAUCAUCAUCAUUACGAUCAUCUGUGCCACCCCUCCGUAACAAUAACAAUGUAUGCAACAAACAAUAUAUUAAAUAAUUUCGACAUGAUGAAUUUUGUUGCAUUUUCAUCAUCGUUAUCCUGUCUCAACAACGUCAGAGGAUUAUUUACAACAACGCGUGAUGUUAAUAAAUUAAAAUACGUACAAUAUCAAAAAAAGCAAAGUAAUGAUGAAAAAUGACAAAAAAAAUAUUUUUA